GUGGCCCAGAUUGCGUUCUCCGGAUUAGAGAUUUCGAAAUAUCUUUUCGCGGAGAAAGAAAAAAAAAUUAGACAAAACCACCCUCGGUUGAGGAAAAAUAUGGGGAGUAUUUGUGCGUUUUUAUUUUUGUUUUUGGGUCGCACUGUUCGAUCGUAGCAUCCAUGACCACUGUGGCAUCGCUGUCUUUGCUGCCGCACUUGCUCAUCAAGCCUUCCUUCAGGUGUUGCUCCAGAAAGGGUGUUGGUAGAUAUGGAGGAAUCAAGGUGUAUGCGGUGCUCGGUGAUGAUGGAGCUGACUAUGCAAAGAACAACGCAUGGGAGGCCUUGUUCCAUGUCGAUGACCCGGGGCCAAGGGUUCCAAUUGCAAAAGGCAAGUUCUUGGAUGUCAACCAAGCUCUUGAGGUGGUCCGGUUCGAUAUCCAGUAUUGCGAUUGGAGGGCGCGGCAGGACCUCCUCACCAUCAUGGUUCUUCACAACAAGGUGGUAGAGGUUCUUAAUCCUUUAGCAAGGGAGUUCAAGUCAAUUGGAACCUUGAGGAAAGAGCUUGCAGAAUUACAGGAAGAAUUGGCAAAAGCUCACAAUCAGGUUCAUCUGUCGGAAACUAGAGUAUCAUCUGCCCUUGAUAAGUUGGCACAAAUGGAGACCCUUGUCAACGACAGACUGUUGCAAGAUGGAGGCUCUAGCGCAUCUACAGCCGAGUGCACUUCCCUUGCUCCAAGCACGUCAUCAGCGUCCCGUGUUGUAAACAAGAAACCUCCUCGCCGGAGUCUGAACGUGUCUGGUCCAGUGCAGCCAUACAAUCCCAGUCUGAAGAACUUCUGGUACCCAGUUGCUUUCUCCAGUGACCUAAAAGACGAUACAAUGGUGCCAAUAGAUUGUUUUGAGGAGCAGUGGGUAAUUUUCCGAGGAAAGGAUGGGAGACCUGGAUGUGUUAUGAACACAUGUGCUCACAGAGCUUGCCCUCUUCAUCUUGGCUCAGUUAAUGAGGGCAGAAUCCAAUGCCCUUACCAUGGUUGGGAGUAUUCAACUGAUGGAAAAUGUGAGAAAAUGCCAUCCACAAAGAUGCUCAACGUGCGCAUCCGGUCAUUACCAUGCUUUGAGCAAGAAGGAAUGGUUUGGAUAUGGCCUGGCAAUGACCCACCGAAGUCGACUAUCCCUUCUCUGCUGCCUCCUUCAGGAUUUACAAUUCACGCAGAGAUAGUGAUGGAGCUACCAGUGGAGCAUGGACUUCUUCUGGACAAUCUAUUAGAUCUUGCUCAUGCUCCUUUUACUCAUACAUCCACCUUUGCCAAGGGUUGGAGUGUUCCAAGCUUGGUGAAGUUCUUGACACCUUCAUCUGGGCUUCAAGGAUACUGGGAUCCAUACCCGAUCGACAUGGAAUUUCGACCACCAUGCAUGGUGUUGUCAACCAUUGGCAUCUCAAAGCCUGGAAAACUAGAGGGGAAGAGCACCAAGCAAUGUUCGACGCAUCUCCACCAGCUCCAUAUCUGUUUGCCCUCCUCUAGGAAUAAAACCAGGCUGCUCUACCGGAUGUCUCUCGACUUCGCUCCAUGGAUCAAGCAUGUCCCUUUCAUGCAUAUACUAUGGUCACAUUUUGCUGAGAAGGUCUUGAAUGAGGAUCUUCGACUCGUGCUCGGGCAGCAAGAACGGAUGAUCAAUGGCGCAAAUGUCUGGAACUGGCCAGUAUCAUAUGACAAGCUUGGUAUCCGGUAUCGGUUGUGGAGAGACGCCAUUGAGAGGGGAGUAGACAGGUUGCCAUUCAGUAACCAAAGUGAGAGUGGAUCAUAGUAGCUGCAUUGCCAAUAGCCUCUUUUCAAUUCUUGUCGUAUUUCUUGGCGAGAUGAAGAUGAAGAUGAAGAUGAUGAUGGCCAGAACUAGUCAGUGGAUGUAUAUGCACAGUUUGUUUAGGCGUGCGUCCCUGCAUGGUUGGUUCACCAUCUCCCUGAGCUUCGUUGCAGAUUGAAUUGGGUUCUGGAGAGGAAAGGCUAAUGGAAGGAGAGAAUGAUAGGCGACGUCAUUCUGUGUAAUUUUAAGUGUACACUAGCGACAGCAUCACGGGAUGCAAUUGUAAUCUGAGGUUGAUUUGUUUUUCUUCUUUUUUUUUUCCUCCCCUUUUACCCAUGUAAAAGUCGAUCGCAUGUCACGCUAUGAUGCAUAUAUAUGAUCAUACUAUUGAUUAUUGAGCCAUGAAGAACAUGUAGCACGUUAAUCAGAGAGACAUGGCUUGAGUCUAAACGUCA